AUGAAACAUUUGACGUUCGUUUUCAUCUUUCCACCGUAUACAGGUGCGUCUUUCCGUUUCCCUUCUUGCAGUUUAUAUGUUUGUGUGAAUUCCUCUUAUGCAUCAGUCAUGUAUGGUGUUGUUAAGGAUAUGGCGAGUGAUUCGUUUGUACCUUCAAAAAUUCGAGUUGAGUGUACUCCCAUCCAUUUGAAUCUUGGGGCGAGGCAUGGUACUCGUGCUCCAACCAAGAAAAAGAUUCGGGAGUUUGAUGGCCUGGCUGCUCGUUUGGAAAUCCUGUUGCAAGAAGCAAAAAGGCAAAGCAAGUCUUUAGACAAGAUCCCUGCCUGGUUGUGGGAAUGGAAAUCUCCAUGGCAAGGAAAGCAGACCGGUGGAGAGUUGAUUCCUCAAGGUGAAGAUGACCUCUACCAUCUUGGUAUUAGAAUGAGAGAAAAAUUCCUAGAAUUAUUUGAUCAAGAAUACAACCCUGACAUAUACCCGAUAAAAGCUACGCAGGUUCCUCGGGCCUCAGCUAGUGCCGUGGCAUUUGGCAUGGGUCUCUUCAGUGGAAAGGGAAAUCUAGGCCCAGGACUCCAACGUGCCUUUGCUGUGAUUAGUGAAAGCCAUGCUAGUGAUACAACGCUUAGGUUUCAUGACUGUUGUCAGAAUUACAAGGGCUACAGGAAAAGUCAGGAACCUGCUGUUGAUAAAUUAAAGGAACCUGUCUUAGAUGAGAUUGCUCGUGGAUUAGUUGGACGUUAUGGGCUUAAUCUCACAAGUAAGGAUGCAUCUUCGUUGUGGUCUCUGUGCAAACAGGUUUUCCGAUUUGAUUAUCCUUAUGGUCCUCAUUCAUUUAUCUUCAUCUAA